UACUGCUCAGCAAAACAGAGUCAUAAGACCGUAGACAUAUAAUAGGGCUUAUUGAGCAAUUUAUUUCUAGCUAUAUAAUGAUUUGGAUGGAUAGUUUCUUUGUGCUUUCAGAAUUUCAGAGUACUUUGAGCCCACUUCCUGAAAAAAGAAGACUGAAAGCCACACCCACACAUUAUAGAUAAAUACUGAGGAAACUUUCAUUUCAGAUUAGAAGCUGCGCAGGACUGCACGCCAUUUUUCUGAUAUUGAAAAGGUUUUUCACAGUCAUGAAAGUACUUCUAGUUGUCGCAGUGGUCGCCCUGAUUCAUGGCAGUUAUGCCACAUUGCUCAUUAAAGGGCCAACCCAGCCAGUUCUGGAGGGAGAGAGUAUCACACUGGAGUGUAUGUACUCAGACUCUGAAUUCAACAUCAGCCAUGUCCACUUUGAGGUCUUCUCCAAGUAUAUACAGAGCUGGCGUCCAGUUUGGGAGCGAUCUUGGUGCUCCUAUUUGAUGCAAAUUGAGCGAACUGCAGAGAGACUAGUCCUGUCCAUGCCCCAUGCAGGAAGGUUCUAUGAGGGGCCCUACCGCUGUGUUUCCGACGCAGAAAAUGUGACUGCGCCAGACAACUCCUCCCAGCCGCUGGCCUUCAAAGUGCAUUAUAUGGGGGAGCUGUCACUGUCCAGGGAAGGCUACACCAGCUACCUGGGUGUCCCACAGGAGCUGAAGGUGCGACUUGGGGAUGACGUGGUGGUGAAGUGCUCUGCCAGCUCAUCCGAGGAGCCGAGCUAUUUCUGGAAUAAAGACGGGGAUGACUGGAUCCUUCCUUCCUCUACACUGACGCUGAGGAAAGUGAGGGCGGUGGAUGAAGGACAGUACACUUGCAUGGCCGAGCAUCCCUCUGUGGAGUCACUCCGCAAGACACGCACCGUCAGCAUCACCGUUCUGUCUGAGGAUGCCCCCUGGUAUGAGUCUAGUAAUGGACGUCUCCUGUUGAUGACCUCGGCGGCGGCUGUGUCUCUCUUGGUGUUCAUCCUCUCCAUGAGUGUAUUCCUGUGCCGCAGGGCCAAGCAGACCAAGACCAGCAAGGGACCCAUUGAUGACCGAUCUCAGAAAAAGCCCAUCUACAAAACCAGUGUGGAGUCUCUACCCUCCACCUGCGGAGACAAACAACCUCUGGUGUGACUACACAGGCAGUUGGAAGGAUGAGGAGGGGAAAGAAGAUGGAACGAGAGACGAGGAAGAUGGAGUGGGUGGCCAGAAAAUGAGGGAUGGCAUAGAGGAGAUACUUAAAGAGGGAGGAGAUGGUAUAGGGUUAUGGAUGGUCACAUUGGGGGAGGAGAGAGGGAGGAAAGGAGGGAGGCAAAGUGGGAUAUUUGGAGAUUGUAGGUAGAGCAAAAUCAGUUACAUGCUGGGUGUAAAAAAAACCAAAAAAAAAAACCUAAAAAAACCUGAGGGGCAAAUGAUUGCUUUAGAGACACAUAAGCUGAUUUGCUUGUGGGCGUAUACUGCAGUUAUGCGAUUGCAGUGUGGAAAAUGGUGAGCUACAUUCUUAGCAAAACAUUGAUGAGUCUUGUGUACUGCAAGAGCUGUAAAGAUUCCACAUGUAAUUCUCUCCUUUCUGUUGCAAACAUAAUUGCUCAGCUGUGUAUUAUGAAUGAGCCAUUUGGGUGAUAGGACAAGGUUUUAUUGUGUUGAUUUGUUUCGCUUUCAACCUUUUUUUUUGCAAAGCAGAGCCAGCUCAAAGCAUCUGUGAGAAGGUUAUUAUAAUCUCUUUACUGUGACAGCUCUCAAGCACAUUGCACUCUACAAUUUUAUUUAAUGUACUUUGGAUUUCUUUGAUAUUAAAUGGCUUUCAGAAAAUAAUA